UUUAAUGAGUCCAUCACUUAAUAAAAAAUAUUUUUGUUUUUUAUUAUCAGUAAAGUUUUUUUCUACUAAAUUCCGUCAGUUGUUUAUUUUAAAGUCAACCAUCUGUCGCAUGAAGAAAAAGGAAUUUUUACGGGAGAAUCAAUCGAGGAGAGAGAUCAAACAUUUAAAGAUGGGAAAUAUUUUUAUUUAUUUUUUUUAAACAAAAAUCUCUGGAUUAAUUUUUUGACAAGCAAAAAAAUAAAUGGUUUAUUAAAUUAUUCCGGAUAUUUUUUUAUAUUUUUCUUCUUAAAUCAUAUUUCUUCAUUUUUCCUCUAAAUUACACCAAUCUGUCAUUUUAUUUUAUAAAAAUGUUUUUUAACUAAGAAAUAUUUUUUUUUCAUAUUUUUACUAAUUUUACUUAUAAUUUACUGUUUUUACUGAUUUUAUAGAAGAAAAUAAAAUGCAUUCCUCAUACUCUGAGACGGUCGGACAAAUUCUACCUGAAGGUAUUGAACGACAAUUACGUUCCCAAUUAAGAGCUUUACGGUUUGAACACCCACAAGAAUAUGCUAGAUUACAACAAUUAGAAGUUGGAAAAUUCUUAGCUUCAAAAUCUUUGCAUAAUUGGCUAAGUGAAUGGGAAUUGAGUAGAUGGGAUGGUGAAAGGAAAAAUAAUAAUGAACUGCUGUGUUUUAAUUUAAAUAAUAACAGAAAUAAUUUGUGGCAGAGAAGACAUCAAAGAAAUUUUAAGGUGUAGUUAAAAAUAAAAAUCAGA